AUGAACUCAUCCAACGGCCAUGCGGCUCGGUCUCGAGUUCUUUGUCCCGAAAAGCUCUCGUCUGAUGGGUUGUCCUUGCUCCGCAAGACCGUUGAUGUUGACGAAAAGGAGGGCUUGACACCUGAGCAACUCAUCGCCGUCAUUCCCGAGUACGAGGCGUUGUUGGUGCGGUCCGAGACCAAAGUCACGGCUGCCCUGUUGAACGCGGCGCGGAAGCUCAAAGUCGUGGCUCGCGCCGGUGUCGGCGUGGACAAUGUCGAUGUUCCCACCGCCACGAAGCUGGGCGUGGUCGUUGUCAACUCGCCGAGCGGAAAUAUCCAGGCGGCCGCCGAGCAUACUAUUGCCCUCCUCAUGAGCAUGGCAAGAAAUGUUCCGGAGGCCUGUGCGAGUGUGAAGGCUGGCAAGUGGGAGAGAAGCCGUCUGGUGGGCAUCGAGGUCAAAGGCAAAACACUGGGCAUUGUCGGACUGGGUAAAGUCGGCCUCAUCGUUGCUCGGAUGGCUCGUGGCCUGGGAAUGAAUGUUGUUGCGGCGGACCCAUACGCAGCUCAGUCCGUUGCCGCCGCCGCCAACGUCACUCUUGUCGAAUCCUUAUCGGAACUUCUACCUCGUGUCGACUUCCUCACCAUCCACACUCCCAUGCUGGCUUCGACCCGCGGUAUGUUAUCUACCGCGGAACUCGAUCAGAUGAAACGUGGAGCCAGGAUCCUCAACGUUGCGAGGGGCGGGAUUGUGGACGAAGAAGCUCUUCUCAUAGCACUCGAGUCUGGGCAGAUUGCGGGUGCGGCCAUCGACGUGUUCACAAGUGAGCCUCCGACAAAAGACCCAGACUCAUCUGCGGCUCGACUCGUGCAGCAUCCAAGAUGCAUCGCUACUCCGCACCUAGGAGCGUCAACAGUCGAAGCACAGGAGAACGUGUCCAUGGAUGUGUGCGAACAGGUGCUGCAAAUCCUUGUGGGCGACUUGCCGCGUAGUGCGGUCAACGCCCCCAUUAUUCUCCCUGCCGAAUACAAGACACUGCAGCCGUUUGUCCGCUUGGUCGAGAAGAUGGGCUCCCUGUACACCCAGCACUUCACGUCGCCGCGGCCGCCUGUGCAGAGAAACAUGAACACAUUCGACCUGAUCUACGAAGGCGAGAUCGCACAGAUGUCCAGCACCAAGCCUCUCUUCGCAGCCUUGAUCAAGGGUCUCAUGGCGCCCAUCUCUGAUGCCGAGGGGUUGAACAUCAACAUGGUCAAUGCCGAAAUGGUGGCCAGGGAGAGGGGUAUCUCCGUCAACGAACAGAAAUCCCGUGAUCCCAGCACGCAAGCUUACAGCAGUCUCGUCACCCUUGUGGCGCGGGCACCUAGUCGGACACCAUCAGUCAGUCGACAUGGAUCCGAAGUCCUGGUCAGCACGGCGGGACAACACCGGGAAGCGACGAUUCAGCAUAUCAUUUCAGGAUAUUGCAGUGACAACUCACCGUUCAUCUCCCGACUGGGUCGAUUUGCAACAUCGUUCGUGCCGGAAGGCAAGCUACUCAUCUGUCACAACUUCGACUCGCCAGGAAAGAUUGGCGUUGUCGGCAGUAUCUUGGGUCGUGAGGGAGUCAACAUCAACUUCAUGAGCGUGGCUCCUGCGACCUUCUCUGCUGUUUCGCCAAUGGAUGCCAAUGGUGGUGCCAGCAAAGACGGGCUGGCUUCGUCCUUGGAAACCACCGAGGCCCUUAUGAUAUUGGGUGUUGAUAAAGAGGUGGGUGACAAUGUCAAGGCUGAGCUUGUCGGUGCCAAAGGAGUUUUGAGCGUGAGCAGCGUUACGCUGUAA